ACCCCCACCCACCCACCCUAUCUCUCUUACAAAAUCUGCCCCAAAAUCUCCGAAAACGAAUUUUUACAAUUUCUCACUGAAGUAAAGAAGCUGAAACUCAUCAUCGGCGCCGGAGAUGGGAACGAGAACCGGAGACGGAAUCAGACGGUCAAAGGUCUUUGCUUUGGUAGCGAUUUUGCUAUUCAGUUUCGUGAACGACAUAUCGGCGUUAUCGGUAACAGUGAACGACGAGGAAUGCGUAUACGAAUACGUUCUCUAUGAGAACGACACGAUUUCUGGAAACUUUGUUGUUGUCGAUCAUGACAUCUUCUGGAGCUCAGAUCACCCAGGCAUCGAUUUCACUGUGACAGCACCUGGAGAAAAUGUUGUACACACAAUGAAGGGAACAUCUGGGAAUAAAUUUGAGUUCAAGGCCCCUCGUAGUGGGAUGUACAAGUUCUGUUUUAAGAAUCCUUAUUCAACACCAGAAACCGUUUCUUUCUACAUACAUAUUGGACACAUUCCCAAUGAGCAUGACCUUGCCAAAGAUGAACAUUUGGACCCCAUUAAUGUCAAAAUUGCUGAACUAAGAGAGGCAUUGGAAUCAGUUACUUCAGAGCAGAAGUACCUAAGAGCACGUGAUGCCCGUCAUCGUCAUACUAACGAGAGCACGCGGAAUCGUGUUAUAUUUUACACAAUUGGAGAGUAUAUGCUGCUUAUAUUGGCUAGCGGACUUCAGGUUGUGUAUAUUAGACGUCUGUUCAGCAAGUCAGUUGGCUAUAACCGGGUUUGACAAAUUCAGGAACCAGCUACUGUUUUUUUUUGGAACUUAGAGUUAUUUUGAUUAGCAGUUGAAAUUUAGAAAAAAAACAUAUACUUCUGUAGCAUGUGAUUCUAAAUUAUUUGAAAAGGAUUUUCUCCAUUCUCAAAAGCUGGUUUAAUUUUCA